CUGUCACUUACUGUAUACUGGUGUCAAUACUGUAUAUGUUUCGCUGGUAUUGAUUUUGCAUGCUGAAUAAUCAUGGGUGCUUUGAGCGGACCGGUUUAUCUGAUGCUUGGUCCAAUCUUCUUAACCCUCCUGGUGACAAGAGUCCCGGUUGUUCAGAGUGGAAACAUUCUUGUCUUUCCUGUAGACGGCAGUCACUGGCUGAACAUGAACAUCUUGGUGAAGGCCCUACACGCCAAAGGUCACAACAUCACAGUCAUCCGGAUGUCAGACAGCUGGUACAUCAAAGAAUUCUCACCUCACUACACAUCCAUCACUCUUGAGUCUACAGGAGGGUUUGAUGAAGAAUUCUUCAAGGUGUUUGCGACCAAACUGCUGAACAUUUUGAGGGAUGGUUCCGUUUGGGCUCGACUGAAUCUGGAGAUCAAGAUGUGGCAAAGUUUUAUGGAGAUGAUCGAAGCAGAACAUGAUCUUAUAACCAACAUGUUUGAAAACCAGCAGCUUCUUCAGUCCCUAAAAGAAACCAAAUAUGAUUUGAUGCUCACAGAUCCAGCCAUGUAUGGCGGUACUAUAUUGGCUCAUUAUCUUAAACUGCCUCUUGUUUACAAUGUCCGUUGGACGAUUUAUAGUGAAGGUCACUUUGCCAUAGCUCCUUCACCGCUAUCUUACGUUCCUUCUCCAAUGAUGGAGUUAUCAGACCGCAUGAGCUUUUUAGAAAGAGUGAAGAAUAUUGUGAUGUACAUCAUAACUGAAACACAGGUUGCGCUCAUGAUUGCUCCAUAUUAUAAUGCACUAUGUGAACGCUAUAUCGGUCCAGGAACGUCCUACUUUACCUUAAUUCAAAGCGCUGAUUUGUGGCUCCAUAGGGUUGAUUUUAUUUUUGAGUUUCCACGGCCCACUAUGCCAAACAUUGUCUACAUGGGUGGCUUUCAGUGCAAGCCAUCAAAGCCUCUUCCGCAGGAUCUCGAGGACUUUGUGCAGAGCUCUGGAGAUCAUGGUGUCAUCGUCAUGUCUUUGGGAACUCUCAUUGGUCAGCUUCCUGAUGAUGUGGCCGAGGCCGUUGCUGAAGCUUUUGCAGAACUUCCACAGAAGGUCAUCUGGAGAUAUAAAGGAAGGAGACCAUCUGCACUGGGGAACAACACCUUAAUAAUGGACUGGAUACCUCAGAAUGAUCUUCUGGGUCAUCCUAAAACCAGAGCUUUUGUAGCUCAUGGUGGAACAAACGGUGUUCAAGAAGCCAUCUAUCAUGGGGUACCAAUCAUUGGAUUUGGGCUGAUCUUUGACCAGCCUGAUAAUCUUUCAAAGAUGAGAGUCAAGGGUGUAGCCAAGACCGUAGACUUUGGCACAGUGGACAAGAACUCUUUCCUUGAAACUGUCAAAGAGGUUCUUUAUGAACCCAGUUAUCGGGAGAACAUGCAGAGACUGUCAAGACUUCACAGAGAUGUUCCAGUCAAACCUCUGGACAACGCCAUCUUCUGGAUUGAGUUUGUCAUGAGGCACAAAGGUGCCGCUCAUUUACGCACAGAGUCGUACAAAAUGCCCUGGUACUCGUAUCAUUCUGUUGAUGUCAUACUGUUCUUGCUGUCUGCUGUGAUGCUCAUAACCCUGACCACAUAUGCAUUUAUCAGAUAUUUAUGCUGCAGAAUAUGUUUGAGAAAAACAAAAACAAGCUAGAAUGAUUUUAAAACAAAUGUACACUUUGUGUUUUUUGCUUUGAUAUGAUAAAAUUAGC